UGUAAAUGCAUGCCUGAAGAAGAUGUUGAAAUGUAGGACAUGUCCUGGUAAAGGAGGCCCUUUGGUCACUCUGUCUCCUCCUAAUUUUGCAGUUCCCUGCCCCAACCCAGAUCCCCCAACCCACCCCCAACUCUCCUUUCCAUAAACCUUAAAAAGGGGGAUGAGUGGGGGUGGGAGGGUAUUGAACCUGUAAAUUAAUGUCUAAUUCAAGGUUUGGGAGCCAUUGCAUGAUUAAACAUAUCGCCAUGUUGGCCAUAUUGUACUGUUUACGACUGAUUGAUUGAUUGAUUGAUUGAUUGAAAUUUUAUUUAUAUACCGCCAUUCCUGCGAUCACAGCGGUUUACAAAACAAUAGUAGAAAUACAUUACAGGACAAGUUACAGAUUAUAAAUAAGAAUUAAACAGCAAUCCAAUCGACAUCAAUAAAACAGUCUAAAAAUACGAAUCACAAUACACAGGAGAAAAAACAAUCAGGACAACAAUCUCCUGACAAUACUAGCUACACACCCUUUCCUCAGUCUCCCUCCCUCCUGAGAAUCCGCAACGGCGGCACCAGACAACUGUCCUUGGCACUCCUCCCUGAUGGUAUAGGGACAUGAGUGGCGUCCUCUGCAGGGAAACCGGCGAGCCGGGUUAAAAAAAAAAGCCACUCCCACCGGCCCCUCCCCUUCGAAAAACGCUGCUCCGGCGAAAGAAGACGGGUGCAGAAGAGAGUGGAAGGUGAGCCCUGACACCACAGCAAUGGAGAAGAAAAGAAGAAGGUAGGCAUGGCAGCAUGUUAUUGUGCUGAGUGAGCCACUUUCGGGAAAGGAAAUGCUCUGUCGGGGAGUGCAAAAGAAACCAAAGUAUUGUGUGCUCUUUGUGAGACAGGGAUGGCUGAUGUUUCUGCUGCUGGUAGGGAUCCCAUCAAGGAUCUCUGUGAAGAAGCCACUUGUCCUGUUUGCUUGGAGUAUUUCAAGGAUCCUGUGACCUUAGAAUGUGGGCACAAUUUCUGCCAAACAUGCCUGUCCCAGUGCUGGAAGGAGUUCGGCUCUGCGGAGAUCUCCUGUCUUCAAUGCAAGGAGAAAGUCCUGCAAAGGAAUCUCAAGCCCAAUCGGCAGCUGGCUAAUAUGGUAGAGAUAGCCAAGGAACUGAGUUUUCAAGGAGGAAGGAGCCAGAAGACAGAAGAAAAGGGGAGAGUUUGUGAGAAACACCAGGAGCCCCUCAAGCUCUUCUGCAAGGACCAUGAAGUCUCCAUCUGUCUGGUGUGUGACAGGUCAAAGGAGCAUGAAAAUCACAAGGUGAUUCCUGUGGAUGAGGCCUCAGAAGAGUACAAGGAUCGGAUUAGGAAUUUGCUGGAGACUCUGGAGGAGGAGAAGGAAAAUAUUUUGGCAUACAAAGCAGAAACAGAACAGGAAAGCCAAGGUUUGCUUGAGCAAACAGAAAGAGAGAAGGAAAAGAUUGUGGCUGCAUUCAGACAGAUGCACCUGGAAGAACAAGAGAAACGUCUUCUGGCGCAUAUGGAAGAAAUGGAGAAGGAGAUAUCAGCCAAAGGGGAGGAUCAUCUGGCCAUCCUUUCAGAGGAACUCUCCUCUCUUGAGGGUCUCAUCCGGGAGAUGGAGGAGAAGCAUCGGCAGCCAGAAGGUGAACUCCUCCAGGAUAUAGGAAGCUUCUUACAGGGGUGUGCAAAGAAGGAGAAGUUUGAGAAUCCUGUGGCUUUUCCUCCAGCUCUGAAAUGGAAGAUCUGGGACUUUUGUGAUAUCAGCCCCUUUCUGGAGGGUGUCAUGAAGCAAUUCAAAGACUCUCUGGAAUCUGGACUUCAACAGAAAAAAGAAAAGGUGACUCUGGAUCCAGAGACAGCACAUCCUCGUCUCAUCUUGUCUGAGGAUCAUCGAACUGUGACAUGCGGAGAGAAACCUCAAGAUUGUCCUGACAAUCCGGAGAGAUUUGACAAAAGGCUUUAUGUGCUGGGCUGUGUAGGAUUCACAGGAGGCAGGCAUUUUUGGGAAGUCACUGUGGGAAGUGAGGAGGAAUGGGGUGUGGGAGUGGCCAGGAAGACUGUGAGAAGAAAGGGCUCCAUCCCCUAUAGUCCUGAGUCAGGGAUCUGGGACAUGGGAAAGUGGGGAAAUGCAUACAAGGCCUCCAAUCCCUCUGAUGAUCUUGUUCUGGCCCUGAAGGAGGAGCCCAAGAGGAUCCGGGUGACCUUGAACUGUGAAGGGGGCCGGGUGGCCUUUUACAAUGCAGACACAGCAGACCUGAUCUUUGAAUACCCUCCAGAUUGUUUCUCAGGAGAGACCCUCCUCCCCUCCUUUUAUGUGGGCCAAAAAGCCCACCUGAUGAUCUCACCAUAAGGUUGGUGACCAGUCUCCAAAAACUCACAGCACGAGAGGAGUUUUAUCCUCCAUGCUCUGAAUCUAUUUUAUUUCUGCUCUCUGCUUUCUCUCAUACACAGAAGCUAUGUUGACAUAUUGGCUAAAAACGGGUUGACUCCUUAGCUAAAAAUGGCUCUUAUGUGAAUUAUGAAGCCAUUCCCCAUUCUCCAUGGAGCAAGUCAAUGCUCAACCCUGAGUGGCUGGCUCAUGCAUCAGUCAGUAAAGUUCUCUUUCCAUUUGAAAAGGACAGCAAGAAAUAAAAUAUGCAAAUCAAUGUUCAGUCAAUAAUUUCAGUUGCUAGAGUUCAGUAGUAAACGGGCAGCCUGCCUCUUUGCUCCCCUCACCUUUUUCCAAGGAUAUAAGCUGGACGUGGCUGUGAGACUUUGGAUUCCCACCUGAACUGAAUGGCACCAACUAAAGACUGAAAAGGAGGUAUUUUGUGAGGGAGAAGAAAAAGCAAAAGGGACACAUACACCAGAUGAAAGUGAGUCAUGGGCCAGAUCCCAGUGUGAAUCUUUAUUUCUCCUCCUCUGCUGUCCUAAUUGACUAAUUGGUUGGAAAUCCAGGAAGGAAACAUUCCUGUUGCUCAACAGCUUCUCCAGAUGUUGUU